UAACUAAAAUGCGCAGCACCCUCUUGGCCUCUCCUCUCUCACAGCCUCACUCAGCCACUCUCCUCCUUCCUCUCAUCGAGCUCCCUCACUCCCUCGCUUUCCUUUUUCUGGCCUCUGAACGAACACACUAAAGAAAGCAGAGAAGAGAACUCGAGCGCAGCUUGGAGGAAGCCCCGAAGCAGCCCUCUCUCGUCGUCGUUCCUCAAAGUCCAGCCACCGCCGCCAUCCGCAUUGCUAUAGCUUCGGCGCAACGUCGCCCUUGUUCGCCGCGCGUCCGCCUCCUUUUUGGCCAAGCUUCUGCCUCUGUUUUUUGGCCAACCCUUGUUCUGCCCUUUUUGGCCAACCCUUGUUCGAGCUGCUUAGCCCUCUGUUCAGUCCUCUACGCCGCGUGUUCGAGCCUGUGUUCCGCCGCCUUUCAGCCACCGUUCAGCCAUUGCUCAGCCUCCGUUCAACCAUUUCCGUCGCGUUUUAAAGCUCCUCCCUCUGCCUGUACUGUUUGAAUUUCAGAACUGCUCCAUCCUAGGGUGGCGUGGAAUUGUUGCAAUCUCUGAUAGUUGUCCUCAUCAAUGCCUGAAAUACAGAUGGAUGAACCCAUGGAAAGUGGUGAGAGGCCAGUCUUCAAAGAUAUUAGACGCUACUUCUGUGAAUACUGUGGCAUUUGCAGGUCUAAAAAGAUCUUAAUUACCUCCCACAUCAAUUCACAACACAAGGACGAGUUGGAAAAAGCUAGAGCUGAAGGAAAUAAUGAAGCACAUUGCGAAAAGCCCAACAACACUUGCCAACAAUGUGGUGCUAGCUUCAAAAAACCUGCCUACUUGUUGCAGCACAUGCAAAGCCAUUCACUUGAGAGGCCGUAUGUGUGUACGGUUGAUGAUUGUCAGGCAAGUUACAGAAGAAAGGACCAUUUGACUCGUCACCUUCUACAGCAUGAAGGGAAAACUUUUAAAUGUCCAAUGGAUAAUUGCAACCUAAUCUUCUCAAUAAAAGGUAAUAUGGCAAGACAUGUUAAAGAGAUUCAUGAUGAAGGAUCUACAUCCACAAAUGUAGAAAGUAAGCAGUUUGUGUGCCCAGAAACUGGCUGUGGAAAGGUUUUCAAGUUUGCAUCAAAGCUUCGUAAACAUGAAGAUUCUCAUGUUAAGCUGCAGUCGGUAGAUGUAGUGUGCUUGGAGCCUGGUUGCAUGAAACAUUUCACUAAUAACCAGUGCCUUAAAGAACAUAUUGAAUCCUGUCAUCAAUAUGUAACCUGCGACACUUGUGGAAGUAGACAACUGAAAAAGAAUAUUAAAAGGCACCUUCGCACACAUGAAGCUGACAAAUCACUGGCAGAGUUUAAAUGUGAAUUUAAGGGCUGUAGCUGCAAAUUCUCAAGCAAAUCCAAUCUCGUUACACAUAAGAAGGUCGUGCACUUUAAAGAAAAGCCCUUUGUGUGUGGUUUUCCUGAUUGUGGCCUGAGAUUUGCUUACAAACAUGUCAGAGAUAAACACGAAAAAACUGGGAAACAUGUUUUUACCCAUGGGAAUUUUGAAGAAGCUGAUGAACAAUUCAGGUCAAGGCCAAGGGGUGGGAGGAAGAGAGUGUGUCCUACAGUAGAAAUGUUGGUCAGGAAAAGGGUUACACCACCUAGUCAAUUGGAGAAUUUGUUAUUUAUGCAGGAGUGACUGGAUGAAUUGACCUUUCUGUCCCUGACAUUAAGUAUAUAUGUAAGGUAGAUAAGGUAGAUUUAAGCAUCUUGCCAUGAGUGUGGUACAUGAAGGAUUAGUUUUAGCAUAAUGAUUAGUGUUCACUACAUCUUACAUAUGUUGUGUAAAAGUAUGAAGAGUGGCAUGUGCAUUAUAGUGUAAUCAAUGACAAUAUUGUGAAUAGUAUAUCUUCAUUAUCCUAACG